GCUAUCAUAUCUUUGGAGAAGAAAGGAAAAAGAUCAAGAAAGAGAUCAUCAUAGGAACAAUGGCAACGACAAGACAUGUGUUGGAGCAACAACAGCAAUCACCACAGAUUCAACUCGUGAAGAACUCAGGGAUCAUCAGCAUCCAUGGCAGUCCAAUGAUGGAUGACAGAGAAGAAGAAGAAGAGCUUUCCCGUUCGGCUUUAGCUCUGUUUAAGGCCAAAGAAGAGGAGAUUGAGAGGAAAAAGACGGAGAUGAAGGAUAAGGUUCAGACAAAACUCGGGCUUGCCGAGGAAACCACCAGAAGAUUAGCCGAGAUUCGUGAAGAGCUGGAAGCUCUUACUGAUCCAAUGAGGAAGGACAUAUCGACGAUAAGGAAACGGAUUGAUGUGAUUAACCGCGAGCUCAAGCCUCUCGGGCAAACCUGUCAUAGAAAGGAGAGGGAAUACAAAGAAGCCCUUGAAGCUUACAAUGACAAGAACAAAGAAAAAGCCCUACUUGUUGGCAAGCUCGUUGAGAUGGUUAGCGAGAGCGAGAGAAUUCGGAUGAAGAAGCUCGAGGAACUUAGCAAAAGCAUCGAAAUUUCGCCACGUUAACACGGCCGAGGAAGAGGGCAAGAUUCAUCUGAUCACCAUCUCGUUUCUGAGAUCAAUACUGUUUCCUGGUUGAGCAAAACCUUAGCAAGAAUGUGUUUAAAGAUUUGGGUACCUCACACUUUCAUGUUCUGAUGUCUGUAUCAUGUUUGUGACUGAUGUUUUUUUCUUCUUUCACAACUCCGAGCUUUGUAGCUGUGAAAACAUAUGUAAAAGCAAAAUAGCCUCUUCGGCAAUGCAACUUGACCUGUAUCAAAAUUUCUUUUCA